CAGUCCUCAUUUCUGCACUCAAGAGCACACCAUGCACGUGCAACAACGUUCCCUUCUUCUGAUUCUCACCUUGUUUCAAGCAACAGCUUGCUCAGGCAGUUUCAUCAUAGGAGGCCGAGAGGUGAAAAAACCUAAACCAUGGAUGGCCUCAGUCCAGUCCAAUAACUCGCACAUCUGUGGAGGAACUCUUAUUCAUCAGCAGUGGGUUCUGACAGCUGCACACUGCAAAACUUUUUUACAAUUUAAACCAAUCGAAGUGCUUCUCGGUGCUCACUCUCUGACGAAGGACAAAAAUGCUAUGCGAGUGAAAGUCCUAUGCUUUCACAUCUCACCAAAGUUCAGUGCUACAACUAGGGUUCAUGACAUCAUGCUCCUGAAGCUCCAAGACAAAGUCCAGCUUAAGAAAAACAAGGUAGACGUUAAGAAGAUUCCCAAAUCAGGCAAAGACAUCCCAGCAGGGACAAAAUGUGAAGUAAGAGGGUGGGGAACCACUCAUGUAAAAAAUCCUAAGGCGUGUGACACCUUGCAAGAGCUGGAGGUGACGGUGGUGGACAGGGAUCUGUGUAACUGCUACUACAACAGCAAACCUACCAUCACUGCCAACAUGCUGUGUGCAGGAAACAAGCAGAGGGACAAAGAUGCAUGCUGGGGGGAUUCUGGCGGACCUCUGGAGUGUAAGAAAAACAUUGUGGGUGUGGUGUCAGGAGGAAGUGGCUGUGGCAAUCCCAAAAAACCUGGUGUCUAUACUCUUCUCUCAAAGGAACACAUUGACUGGAUCAACAAGAUAAUUAAAAAGUAAUCCAACAGCACAGAGGCUUAGAAACACAACAUUUAUCAGUGCUUGCAGUAUAUAUUGUGUCAUAUACAGUAUCUGUCCGCAUAUACAAGAGGUAUAUUUGCUUGCUUGUUGGUUUUAUCUGAUCUUUUACUUCACACAUAUAGCUGAAAUUGAACAGUACAGCAAAAAAAAAAAAAAAA